AUGGCUUACAACUUCCCCGGGGUGCCGGCAACCGCUAUGCCGCCCAUGGGUAUGGGACCAAUAGGUCCAUUGGGGCCCAUAGCGGGACCACAAAGUUUUAUGGAAUUAGCGAGUCAAGGGUUCCCACCGCUGCCACCACCCCCCAUACCACUGCCUGGCAUGAACGACUCACCCCUGGAGUUCAGUACGAAUAAGAAUCAGCCUCCUGUAGUACGAGAAACCUCAGAUGACAGCAGCGACAAGAGAAGCGAUAAGAAUGAUAAUAGAAGGGAUCGGGAAAAUAGGGAUAGCCGUGAAACACGAGACAACAACAGAAGGUCGAGGAGCGAACGCAGUGAUAGACGCGACAGAGAUCGGGAUAGAAGGGAGGAGAGGAAUGACCGAGAUCGAAGGGACGAUCGAAGAGUCGAGGAGAGAAAUAAUGCAAAUUCGUCUAAGAACAAUAGCAAUCAUACCAACAAUUCUAAUAACAACGAAGUCUUGUCGUCGACAAAUACAAACAACGCACCGAGUUUAGGCACACAGAUGGAACCUGCCGCAGGUGUUUGGGGAAUGGGAGUAGGUUAUCCCAUGAUGGGUAUGGGUCCCAUGGGACCAAUGGCACCCAUGAUGGGGGAGAUGACUCUAGGUCCACACAUGAGUCACACGCACGGUUACAAUCCAAUGGGCAUGGGUAUGAUGUCACAUGAUGGCAGCAUGAUAGGUGCUCAAAUAUUAGGUGCCGAACAGAUCAUGACAGAUGCGGCGCAGAUAAUGUCUGCAAGUUUGCCACCACCGCCCACAAUGCCUCAAGGUACCAAAGAAAUCAUACAUUGUAAAAGUUGUGUACUAUUUCCGCCAAAUCCGAAUGCUCCACCACCUACCACACGAGAGAGGCCACCAGGAUGUAGAACAAUUUUUGUGGGAGGAUUGCCGGAAAACAUCACCGAAGCUAUAAUACAGGAAAUAUUCGAACGUUGUGGAGAGAUAACUACUUUGCGUCUUUCUAAAAAGAAUUUCUGUCAUAUACGUUAUGUCUUGGAAGCUAGUGUCGAUGCGGCAAUUUAUCUAUCCGGUUACAGAGUAAGAAUAGGAUCCAGUGGAGAGCCUGCAAAUACCGGUAGACUCCAUGUAGAUUUUGCUCAGGCUAGAGAUGAUCAAUAUGAAUGGGAAUGCAGACAACGACAAUUACAAAGAGAACAACGUCAUAGAGAAAGAGUGGAAAAGGAGAGACAAAGGCCACCCUCGAGUCCGCCUCCGGUAGUGCAUUACACGGAUCAUGAGGCAUCAAAUAUCUGCGAAAAGAUUAAACAAGAUGACACGUUUAUGAAAGCAGUACAAGUUGUUGUAACGUGGUUAGAACGAGGUGAUUGCAUCAAGCGUAAUGCCAAUAUCUUCUACUCUAUGAUACAAUCAACAAAUUCUCAUGUUCGGCGACUUCUGACAGAGAAGGCUGCUUACGAAGAAGAGCUACAAAAAGCCAAGGAAUUAAUGAAAGGAAGAAUGCAAGGACUUCUUAUACAAUUCAGUCAGAUCGAACGAGUCUUUACUGCGGCCAGCCACAAGAAAGUCUGGGAUCACUUCACUAAGGCGCAGCGGAAGAACAUCGAAAUGUGGAAGAAGCAAUCCUCGGAAAUAAAAGCGGUGCAGUUGGAAGACAGCCUAAUUGAAGGCGAAGGCGAGAUGGACGUUUCGGAUUCGGAGGAGGAACCUCAACGUAAAAAAGUGCGUAAUCAAUCAGACGGCAAUCAAGAGGAUGUUGAGAGACUGCAAAGUCUCAAAGAAGAGAACGACAGUCUGAGAUGCCAGUUGGAAGCAUACAAAAACGAAGUGGAUCUCUUGAAAUCGGAAACAAAAGCAGAGUUAGAAGCGAAGGAAAAGCAAAUGAAAAUGCUGCAACAAACGUUAAAAGGCAUGCAGGAACAGUUGAUGCAAUCGCGUAAGCAACAGGCACAGGACGAUCAGAAGAUCAAGGACUUGACUGUCAAAUUAAAUGCCACGAAGAAAGAAGAGCCCAGAGAGAGUGAGAUUAUUACGCUUGACAAGGACGAUGAUAUCAGCGAAGAACCACGUACGCCGAAGCAACACAUUCUCACCUCCAGCUUCGUGCAAGUGACCCAGAAGGAUGCUAAGCUCAUUGGACUCAUAGCGACGUUUCUGCACAUCCAUCCUUUCGGCGCGAGCGUGGAUUAUUUAUGGUCCUAUUUACAGAAAAUGGAACCCGGCAUUAAACCGAACGAAGUCGAAGUUUUAAUGCAACGUUUUCCACAGGUCUUCAAACAGGAAUUAUUCGGUAUCGGAGCAAAUAUGGAAAGACGUUGGCAGUUUUCAGGUUUUAAUGUUUAUCGCAAUCAUUGAAUUUAGACGAAUUGAAUGUAAAAAAUUGUGAAAGUACAUUUCUCUUGUUGUUCCUUUC